GAGCGAAGAAACAAGAUGAAGCAGAAGAGCGUGCUCCUACUACUAUUUGUCUGUGCUGCUGCCGCAGGUAAUGUGAAAGUGGGGAGGAGAUACAAGAACAGACAGAAGUAUACGUGAGGGACUCCCGCUACAUUUUCCCCGCUGCUACGCAUUCUGUCAUGGCGAAGACAUAAUGAGAUAGGGUCCUGCAUCGUUUGAAGUGUCUUCCCCUGAACUAUUGUUUGGAAGGACUUACAUGUCAAGGAGCUUCAUAUCUGACAACCUCAGAAGUUCAUCAACUGGAAGAUGGAAGCUGGAGGUGACAUAGAAUUCCAAAUGAAACGCUUCUCAAGGGAGGUGAGGACUUCGACACCAUACUCACACACAUCGGCAUGGGAAAGUGGAACAUCAUGUACUACUUCACUAUCGGUGCUUGGAGGCUAGCCCUUCCUCACCACGCCUUGGCCGGUGCUUUUAUCUCGCCGUUUGUGAAUCACACGUGCCGCCUUCCCGCUGGCAUCCCCUCCAGCAGCACUACCAUCGCCUCCCACAAUGCCUCAAUGAACACUGUCAGGAUCUUGUCGUACGACGAGUGCAGUUAUUGGAUAGAGGACGUAACCACGGGGCGCCAAGAGGAAUUGCCGUGUACAGAAUGGGACUAUGACAACUCUACCUUUUCCACCACUGUCACAUCUGAAUACAAUUUGGUGUGCGAACGACAGUAUCUCCGCGCGACCUACCAGAGUCUCUACAUGGGAGGCUUUCUGAUAGGGUCCUUCUUCAGUGGCCAGCUGGCUUAUCGUUACGGACGGCUGACGCUGAUCGCCAUUUCGUCCGUGGCUUACUCUGUGAUGGCUCUCGUGUCGGCGUGGAUACCUUCCUUGAUAAUACUGAUGGUGUUCCGAUUCCUGCUGGGCACUAUGCAUCCCACCUCCCUUGUCACAGGAGUUGUCUUCUCGAUGGAGAUCACGGAGAUUAAGUGGAGAUCAACGGUGUCGGUGGUAUUGGGGAUGAUGUGGGGUGUCGGAACAAUACUGUGGGGUAUUUUUGCGUACCUUGAAAGGGACUGGCGGUGGCUGCAGACCUUCGCGUCGCUGAUCGGUCCAGCUGUUCUGCCUUUUCUGUUCAUGUUGAACGAGUCCCCGCGCUGGCUGGUGGUGAUGGGUCGACAUGAGAAGGCCCUCUUAGUCAUACAAAAAGCAGCGAGAAUGAACAACAAAAGUCUGCCUCCAGCCGAUAAGCUCCUUGCCAUCAUGACAAAAGUCCAGGAGCAGUCAGCUUCAAAGGAGAGCAAGGCCACCUCUCGGUCCCUUGGCGCUAUGGUGUGCGAAUUGCUGAACCAAGUCAUCAUCAUAUUCAGCACCAUCAAGCUGGCUACCGUCACAGUCGUCACGAGCAUCGGCUUUUUCACGGUGGCCAUGAUCUUCUUCGGCCUCACCCUCGCAGCCUCCUCAUUGGGGAUCAGCAACCCAUUCCUCUUCAUGGUGAUUUCCGGCUUAGUAGAACUUGUUUGCAUCUUCGGAAUUUAUUUUCUGGAAAAGAUGGGCCGCAAGAGGUUUGCCAUUUUUAUUUUUGGUCUGUGUGCAGUCGCCCUCCUGCUGCAACCAGUUGUACCUGCUGACUUACAAUGGAUAUCCACAACGUUAAUAAUGACUGGUAAGAUGGCUUCCUCCAGCGCCUUCUCUUUAAUGUUCCUGUACUCGUCUGAGCUGUAUCCGACAGAGGUUAGGACGCAAGGCAUGGGAGUCGGUAUGAUGUCUUCCCGCGUCGGCGCCUUCAUCGCCCCGUUCAUUAUGAGUGUACUGGAGGUUGAUCAUCCGUGGGCGAUCUCCGUGGUGUUCGGGUUGAUGGCUGCUGUGGCCUCCUUGUCCUUUUUGCCGCUGUGGGAAACUGGCAACAUCUGUCUACCGGACACCAUAGCGCAGAUGGAGGAACCGAAAGAAGCAGCCUACCACACACCUAAGGGAUACAAGUUAGUAGCAGAUGGAAAAGAUGAAAGCGGUGACACAUUGACAAAGGUUUGAGACGCACUGGCGAGGGGACGAGGACGCCACGUAUUUUACAUUAUCAUUAUUAUUGUUAUUAUUAUCAUUAUUAUUAUUAUUACUGCUAUUAUUAUUAUUAUCAUUAUUAUUUUAUUUUUAUUUAUCUAUUAUUAUUAUUGUAGUAGUAGUAGUAGUAGUAGUAGUAGUAGUAGUAGUAGUAGUAGUAGUAGUAGUAGUAGUAGUAGUGGUACGAGUAUAAUAGUAGAAGUAGUAAUAGGGGAGACCUGGGCUAGUUGGCACACUUUACAUUUUUGGUGAAGGAAGAAAAACAACAAAAAGAUUUGGUAAUUUUAUACUUUUCUUGAAGAAUAUAAAUCUUCUUUUACUUUUCGUUACAUGAAAAUAUAAUUUUCUUUGUUCAAAAAAGCACACCAGUCUUUAGAAAAAAAAAACUUUUCAGCUGUGCCAAUGUGCCCCAUGUAAAGGAUAUAAGUUGGCACACACUAUGGGAUAAGUUGGCACACCAAAUUAGAAAUAUGUGACACAAUACAUGUACAUGUACUGAUAAAAUAACCUUCUAUAAUGAAAGCAAUAUAAAUUGAUUAGUUUCCAUGCAUUCCAUUGAAAAUAUCUACCCUAUGAUGCACUGGACACUUAAGUGUAAAGUAUUUAUAAUAAGGUACAUGACUAAAUAUUUUCAAUAUACUCCGUUGAAAAUAUUUGCAGUUUAUUCCACAAGAUACUUAAAUGUAAUAAUAAAGUAACCUUUUAUCAUGAAGUGAAUAUAAAUGGAUUUGUUUCAAAUGAAUGGUCUCAGUUGCUCAGGAGUGGGGCUGUCUCCCAAGAGUUCAGAAGUAGAAAAUUUUGGUUCAUUCUUAUUUUGAAGAUGAGCACCAUUUUGAACUGAACCAAAUUUUGACUGGACUGUUACAAUCAAACUUUAUGAUCUUUCAGUACUUUCUGAGUUUUCACUAACAUUUGUCACUAGCUGAACAUUGAUUUCGUUGGCCUGAAAUAAAUAGACCUAGUAAUUUCAAAAGUAAUUGAUUAGAUGUAUAACAUAGCUAACUCAAACAUAAUAUGAAAAUGCAAACCAUACAAAUAGUUAAUAUGGGGAUAAGUUGGCACUGUGUUAACUUGCCCAAUUUUUUUUAAGCCAACUAAAUGUACAGUUUAGCAGAUAUUGAGAAGCCUAAUUUUGAACUGUUUUAAGGGUAAACAAUAGUUUACACCCUACGUUGAUUAUUGGCUAAACUGGAUAUUAUUUCACAAUAACCUCAAGCAUAUUACAGCAAACAGUAUAAGAAAAUGAAAAUUUACUCACCAGCAUCAAAAUCAAAUUUUCCCAGUUCCUUUCAAGCUGUGCUGCCCAUCACUUUGGUAGCAGCAGGUGCUUGACUGAGAAAGUACAGUACUGCCCUACGGUGCUGUCUAAUAAUUAUCACUUGAAUUGUCACAAGUAUGUCAGCUUAAUUAACCCUGUUGUCAGUUUACCCCGGACUCCCUUGGUAGUAGUAGUAGUAGUAGUUGUUGUUGUUGUUAUUGUUAUGAUGAUCAGAGUGGUAAUGAUAAUGAUGUUGAUGAUGACAACGCAAUCACUGGUACUAGUCUUUCUUUUAACGGAGACAAACAUAUAUAACUGCCUCUGCUGAGCACCUGUGAAUCAGUACUCGGUAAUUGUGUGGAAUCCAAGGCAAGCAGUUCUUGUCUUUUCGAUAGGAGGGCAGGCAACCAGUUUUGCCUUCCUGUGUAUGCAUGCUGUCAGUAUUGUUUAGCGUUAUACAUUGGAAGCAAUCUCAGAACUUUGAAGAUUUUUUUGUGGACUGUGGAUAGUUGUACUACAGUAUAUCUCAGUUGAGCAGGACUCAACGUGGUCUAAACUGCAGUCCUCUCUUUCCUGCUGCAUGUAAACACUUUCUACGAUUUAUGAUGCAUUGCUGAAAUUUAUCAAUUUUUAAACAUAUGUAAGUCUAACAUUUUCAAUUUACGAAUCUUGGAUUCUUUAGAUAGUAUGAUUUAUAACACCAACUCUGUUUCAUUACUAUCUGUCUAUUUGGACAAUGAAGUUCCCAGGAAUAAAUGCUGAACAUUA